UAUGGUGCCGGUCUGAGAUUCCCAUGCCGAAAGGACAGUAUGUUAAAAAUAACAUUUCAUUACGGCAGGCUCUGUGAGUACUUGGAAGUUAUGGAUUUCAAGUUAAGAAGAGUUUUUUUAGAUUAGUAGUUUGGUUAUUUUGUGGCGUUGCACGAAGAGCAAGGCGAGGUCGAAUCGCUGGUUUUAAAGAUGAGGAUACUCUCCAGAAGGGAGGUCAGGUCGCUUCUCUCCCUGUGUAAGAGACUGUCGUCCGACAAGCCAACCUCUCACGUCGGCUCUCUGCUGGCAAAGGCCUCGGCUGCUUCUCCGGAGAGUGGACCGGCCACGGAGGAGAAGGAGGAAGAGGAGCAGGAGCGGAGACCCAGAAGGAAACCUGGUGACUCAUCGGUGUUCCUCUUCCCGGGGCAAGGCAGCCAGUUUGUGGGCAUGGGCCGCGGACUGUUGAAGUAUGGCAACGUUAGAGAGAUGUUCACGGCCGCGGAGAAAAUCCUCGGCUACGACCUGCUGUCUCUGUGUCUCAAUGGACCCGAGGAAGAGCUGAUGAAGACUGUUCACUGUCAGCCGGCGGUGUUUGUCACCUCACUGGCAGCCGUGGAGAAACUGAACCAGGAAAAUCCCACGGCUGUUGAGUCAUGUGUUGCUGCUGCAGGAUUCAGCGUUGGAGAAUUUGCCGCCCUGGUCUUUUCGGGUGCCAUGGACUUUGCAGAAGCUCUAUAUGUGGUGAAGGUGCGAGCUGAAGCUAUGCAGGAAGCAUCAGAGCUGGUAUCCAGCGGGAUGCUGUCAGUGAUUGGCCGACCUGAGGCCAAGUACAAAUACGCAUGUCUGCAAGCUAAAGAGCACUGUGAAAGCCUGGGUCUCACAGAGCCAGUCUGCAGUGUGGCCAACUACCUCUUCCCUGAUGGCAGGGUUAUCGCAGGCCACCAGCAGGCACUGGAUUUCCUCCAGCAGAAUUCCCAGCGUCUCAGCUUCAUUAGGACCAAACCUCUCCCGGUGAGCGGGGCCUUCCACACGAAGCUGAUGGAGUCUGCCACCAACCCCCUCAGAGACGUCCUCAGACAGGUGGAGGUGCGUCGUCCCGAGAUCAACGUGUACUCCAACGUGGAUGGCAAGCGCUACAUGCACGAGGGCCACGUGCGCAGACUGCUGGUAAACCAGCUAGUGGCCCCGGUGAAAUGGGAGCAGACCCUGCACGAGAUCUAUGAGAGAAGCCAAGGCAAGAGUUUUCCCUGCACCUAUGAAGUCGGCCCGGGGAAGCAGCUCGGUGCCACACUACGGAAGUGCAACAGGAAGGCCUUCCUGAAUUACAUGCACGUGAACGUCAUUGCUUAUGAAGACUAGCACAGAGUGAUGUCAGGAACCAGAAAUGAGUGCGUAUAGACUGUCAGUCCAUCUCUAAUGUGAGAGGGCUAAUUGACUGGA